AGCGCGCGUUUUCGGAGUAGCAGCGCCAGUGACGGUGGAGAGAGGCCAGGUCAGGGCAGAACACCAUCUCUAGAAAGCAGGUACCUGCGUGGCUUUCCCAGCAUCCGGUUGUUUCCCCAGGAGUCACUGCCCGGAGAAGGGGAUAGCGGGCUGGCAGGGAGCAACCCUGGACCAGCGACUGUUCUGACGCACCAGCCGGUUUCCAAGCAUCCACCCUGCACGGAACCCAUCCCAAGGAUGCUCUGCUGCGGGCGACAAGACAGCGGUCUCCGCCGAGGUGAGGAAACACAGACAUGUGAUAGCUUAGGCGGGCCCUGGCUUCUAGACUCUGCCCCUUGAGUCUGCUUUCCAAAUUUCUAAGGAUACCGAGACUGUGCGGCUUGCAGUCUAGCACCCUCCUCUCUGCCAGCCAGCGUCUCCUCCAGACUCUUCCUGAUUGGGUUCUGGGGCCAGGUUCACCGGCUCUUGACAGAAUCCUCUCCACCGGUCAGUUGUCGCAAACAUUUCUAGAUUGACUCCAGUGGGUUCGGUGGCUACACAAUCUGAACGCAGGUGUCUUGGGCCGGCAAUGGAUCUGCCUGUAAACUUGACCUCCUUUUCCCUCUCCACUCCCUCCUCUUUGGAACCCAACCGCAGCCUGGGCGCAGAAGACCUGCGUCCUAGUCGGCCGUUUUUCUCAGUUUUCCGAGUGCUAGUCCUGACAUUGCUGGGUUUUCUAGCCGCGGCCACGUUCGCUUGGAACCUGCUGGUGCUGGCCACCAUCCUCAGGGUACGCACCUUCCAUCGCGUGCCACACAACCUGGUGGCGUCUAUGGCCAUUUCGGAUGUGCUGGUGGCCGCGCUGGUCAUGCCACUGAGCCUGGUGCACGAACUGUCCGGGCGCCGCUGGCAGUUGGGCCGGCGGCUGUGCCAGUUGUGGAUCGUGUGUGACGUGCUCUGCUGCACAGCCAGCAUCUGGAAUGUGACAGCCAUAGCACUGGACCGCUACUGGUCUAUCACACGCCACCUGGAGUACACGCUCCGUGCCCGCAAGCGAGUCUCCAACGUGAUGAUCGGGCUCACCUGGGCACUCUCUGCCGUCAUCUCUCUGGCCCCACCGCUCUUCGGCUGGGGGGAGACGUACUCCGAGCUCAGCGAGGAAUGUCAGGUCAGUCGCGAACCUUCCUACACCGUGUUCUCUACCGUGGGCGCCUUCUACCUGCCGCUGUGCGUGGUGCUCUUCGUGUACUGGAAGAUUUACAAGGCCGCCAAGUUCCGCGUGGGCUCCAGGAAGACCAACAGCGUUUCCCCGGUUCCCGAAGCUGUGGAGGUGAAGGAUGCUACACAACAGCCCCAGAUGGUGUUCACCGUCCGCCAUGCCACCGUUACCUUCCAGACAGAAGGGGACACGUGGCGGGAGCAGAAGGAGCAGAGAGCGGCCCUCAUGGUGGGCAUCCUCAUCGGGGUGUUUGUGCUAUGCUGGUUCCCUUUCUUUGCCACGGAGCUCAUCGGUCCCCUGUGCUCCUGGGACAUCCCCGCCAUCUGGAAGAGCAUCUUCCUGUGGUUGGGCUAUUCCAACUCCUUCUUCAACCCACUCAUCUACACAGCCUUCAACAGGAGCUACAGCAGUGCUUUCAAGGUCUUCUUCUCUAAGCAACAGUGAGCUGCCAGCUGCAAGUGGACUCUCCUGUCCCACGAACCUUUGUAGUCCGUCUAGCAGUCCUGAAGAUCCAUCUGCCAAGGGCACCAGGGUCACAUCAGAGCUGAGCUCAGCUCACGUCUGUGCUUGCGUGUUGGGAGUUGUCUUACCCUGAAGGCUCUGGUGGCUUCUGUCCCCAAUCUGGGUACUCUCCCUCACUCUGUACCAGCAGCCACGGAACUGACCUACAAAGUGCCCAUUCCUCCUCUAAAUCCACUCCAGCACGGCCAUGAGAAGACAGGAGGGAGGAGAGAGGGAGUGAGACAACUCAGGCAGGUAGAGAGAGACAGAAAGAAUGGCAAAGCCUAAAGCUGUCAGCGAUUGCACACCUGUAAAUCCAGCACUAAGGCAAGAGGAUCUCAAAUUCAAAGCCAGCUUGGGCUACAUAAUAGGUUCAGAACCGGCUUGGGCAACAAAAUGCCCUGGUGAGGCUGUUUGCAGAGCAGAAGACCAUAGGCCAAAUUUCCCAGAAUAGCUAGUCCUUAUUUCAGAGUUGUGCUCUGCUGUCCUUGAGUGUGUGCCCUAACACUGAGCACUUCCUAAUAUCUGACGACAGAACUUCGUCCUCAAGCAUAUCAAAGCACAGUUCCACUUGUGAGGACAGUAACUGCUGUUUUGUUCAUGUAAACACACACACACACACACACACACACACACACACACACACACAGUUUCCAAUUAAAACCAACUCAGUCCAUCAGCUUGAAACUGGAAAAAACAAAAUAUUUCCCUCCAUUUGGAAACAACUGUCACAAAAUAGAAAAUCUACUAAUUUCACAGAAUUUGUUAAAAUUGUUUAUUUGCUAUGAGCUUUUCCUUUGUGUAAUUCCUCCAAAUGUUUCUGGCCUCAGUGUUUCUCCCUAGAUAAUAAAACUUCAGGUUAAUGAUGGCCAUGAACUGUUGACUUCUCAAUAUGCUUUCACAGUUAGUAGCCACAAGGGUCUUUCCAACCAGACACAUGCAUUAAUAGGAGUGCUGGACGCUUUGUAGCUGUGGUUUUGUUGGUAUAUGAACCUGACCAGUAGGCUCGAAGAUGGUCAGACAAUGGUCAGAUAUGGUCUCUAUCAAGUUGGCAAUGCAAUGGGUGUGUCUAGAGAGUCCGGUAAAAACAUAGAGUUUUUAUGGUCACAGAAAACCUUGGGUGUACCCACACUGCCGAAGAUAGCCUGAGAGAGCUUUGAGAGCAUUAUCCGAAAAACUAAGGUGAAAAAAGAAGAGAUAGUCGCUCUUCCAAAACCCUGUGCGUGUGGACUUCUCCCACAAACUGAGGAUGGAUCCGUCAGAACCCACAGAGCUGUGGACCCCUCUCAGCACUUGGUUCUCAGCAAAAUCCUGGGUGAGCAAAGGCACCCAUGCUUCUGAUCAGUGCAGUGAGAAACACUAUGCUGCUUUUACAGUCUUGGAGGGGCUCGUCUGGGGCACAGGAACUCAGCUGCUGGAUGACGAUGCCAUUGCAGAGUUGGUGUGUUUCUUCCAUUGACUGGAAGUGCAACUACUUCAGCCUCAAGAGUUUUGGGGGGUGCUGUUUGCUUUUGGAGAUAGGGUAUCUCUUUGUAACUCUUCUGGCUGUCCUGGAACUUAUUUUAUGGCUCUGGCUGGCCUUAAGCUCAGAGAAAUAUGUCUGCCUCUGCCUCCUGAGUGCUGGGAUUAAAGGUGUGAGCAGCCACUGCCUGCCUCAGAGUUUUUACGUAUUUCUUUGUGUUUAAGACAGGGCCUUACUAAGUAACCUUGACUGUCCUGGAACCUAUUAUGUAGACCAGACUGAUCUUAAACUCACAGAGAUCUGCCGCCUGCCUCUGCCUUUGUUUCUGCCUCUCGAGUGCUGGGAUAAAAGGUGUGUACUCCCAUACCUGGACCAAGGGUUUUUUUUUUUUUAAGUAAAACUUUUCCAAUACUCUGGGGCCCUUUUUCUGGGAGCAGUUGCCUGGACCAGUCACACAUCCUAUAUUAAGGGACUGGGUCUAAGCCAGGCUGGAAACUGAACAGAAUGACUCACACAUCCAAGACUGUUCUCAUAACCAGGGUUUGCUAACUGUUUGAACAAUAGCUUUUUUUUUUUUUUUUUUUUUUGCUUGUUUGUUUGUUUUUUUCAUUUUCUGGCUUUGGUCACAAACUGACAGGACAGAAGAGUUUGUGCUGUUGUUUGUGUUUUCAGUCUGAGUCCUAUUAAAACGAUGCACAUAAAAUGUUCUAAGCUGUGCAGAUUCUGCACUGUGUCUGUCACUGUUUCCCUCAGCCUAUAGAGCCGAGGAAGGCAGGAGGGUGUUAUUCCCUCUCUGCUCUCCUGUAGCUGCAUGUGUAGAGAGACCUAGCCACCAGUGACUGCCCACUCGGCUGCAGGCUGAGUGCUCCCGACAGUUUCUUUAAUCCAUCCUUAGCACCAGAAGGGUUCUGACUGCCACCACUUUUACACAGGGCAGCUUUGCCCAGAUCACCUCAACUUAAGACAAACCCCUAACUCAUUUAAAACGUCUGCAAACUCUCGGGCAAUAAAACUCCAUUAUAUCCCAUGUCUCUGAUUCCUCAAGUGCACAAAUUAAAACUGUGUAUUGUAAUACGAACGUACAGGUCUGUUAUACUGUAUAU